GACCAUCGGUUUGUAUCUGGUUGACUUCAGUGGAUUAAUUUCACCGUUAUAUCUUCGAAGAUCUGUAUUGGAAUAUAGUGGUAUCCUCAGAGGGGCAGUGGCAGAUAAAACGCUCCUCCGUCGCUUCAUCUGCGCCUUUUGUCAGCGGAAUACAGUAUGAUGUUUAUAAUUAGACGCUGAAGCUACUGACGGCGCGUUUGUCGAGCCUUAAAAAAUAAAAGGGUGUUUCUUACAACCAGGCUGUCAAACAUAGUGAGGACCAUAGAUGUGAUUCUCUUCCACUACCGUUUGUGGAAAAACAAACAAACAAACAAGCAAAAAACCCCAAAUCCAUCCAAAUGAUGUCAGGAAAGCAUUUCAAGGCUCAUGAAGUGAGCUGCUGCAUCAAGUACUUCAUCUUCGGAUUCAACAUCAUAUUCUGGUUCCUUGGAGUGGCAUUCCUUGGCAUUGGUUUGUGGGCUUGGAGCGAGAAAGGUGUUCUCUCUAACAUCUCAUCCAUCACAGAUCUGGGGGGUUUUGACCCGGUCUGGCUCUUCCUUGUGGUGGGUGGUGUUAUGUUCAUUCUUGGAUUCGCUGGUUGCAUCGGAGCUCUGCGAGAAAACUCUUUCUUGCUCAAGUUUUUCUCUGUGUUCCUGGGUAUCAUCUUCUUCCUGGAGCUGACUGCAGGAGUGUUGGCCUUUGUCUUCAAAGACUGGAUCAAGGACCAGCUCAACUUUUUUAUUAACAACAACAUUCGGGCAUACAGGGACGACAUUGACCUGCAGAACUUGAUAGACUUCACCCAGGAAUAUUGGGAGUGUUGUGGAGCUUUUGGAGCUGAUGACUGGAAUUUGAACAUCUACUUCAACUGCACUGAUUCGAACCCGAGUCGGGAGAAAUGUGGAGUGCCCUUUUCUUGCUGCACCAAAGAUCCAGCGGAGGAUGUCAUCAACACUCAGUGUGGAUACGAUAUCCGAGCAAAAACGGACUCUGAGCAGCGGACUUUCAUCUACAUCAAAGGCUGCGUCCCUCAGUUUGAGAAGUGGCUUCAAGACAACCUGACAGUGGUGGCAGGCAUCUUUAUUGGGAUUGCAUUACUACAGAUUUUUGGCAUCUGUUUAGCGCAGAAUCUCGUGAGUGACAUUGAAGCCGUGAGAGAGAGUUGUUUGUUUACCUAAGAUCUCCACAGAGUCACCAAAGGCAAGAAGGAUGUACCAGGACUCUGCAGUUUGGACACCAGCAAUGAAGGGAAAUAAAUUAAUCAGCUAAUAGUGUCCAGAACAAAGAGUCUCAUUCAUAUGUACAUAAUAAAUUUAGAGUUAUUUUUAGAGUUAUUUGCGGCCCUAUUUUUAAAUGAAGCACAACCUCUGAAAUGUGCUGUAGCUCUCAUACAGUACAAAUUAAGCAAAUGCAGUAUAGGCAGAUAGGAUCUUAAAGUAGCUCACAGCAUAACACCCAGUUUAGUUGGCAGGCCUGCAGUGAUAGCGGAGGGGGUCAUAAAAUAGGUAAAACAGGACACAUGAAGGUAAUUUGUUGUUUUCUCUGAGGUAGCACUUCAUUUAUAAAAGGGCCUUGGUUUUAUAUGUCUCACAGCUGCAGUUUUUAACACUGCAUGUAAGGGUUAUGUACAAAGCUGAUUCUGGAAAUGCACUGCAUGCCUAUUGUCUACUGGUAGGACAUUGGCUCUCCUAAAUGUAUUUCAUUAAUGUUAAGUCUUUUAAAAUGUUUGUAAAAUAGUCACUAGUUUGGAGUGAAUCGGCUGGUUAGCACUUUGUUGAAUGUUUAAUGACUUAAAGCUACAGAGAAUUAAUUUUAAAUUUAUUUCCUUAUGUGAGAUGAUCACACUCAUAUCUUACAGAUACGUACAGUUUGUGAGCAGAGUUUUGUGGGGCUGAGGUGGAUGUAGUAGUUAGUGUGAAGCAAAAUAAUGGAUGUAAUAUGUUUCUAAAAUUGCAGUUUGUAUGAGUUUGGCAGUUACAUGAAAGAAAUCUCUGCCGAAAGAAACUAGAAGAUGUGGCAUGUAAAUCAAAAAAACUCAGCCUUAAGCACUUUAGUCUUCAUAUAAGAGUGAUGAAGCUCAUUGUAGCCACUCAGCUUUUGUCACGAUUGACUGUUAUUUUAGUCAAACAUCAGCCACUGGAGGGGGCACUUUCCUUAAAGAAAAAAAGAAAACAAAACUUAUAAACAGUAUCUGAAACUUCAUGGUGCUCCAUAACUGUCAGAUUCAUCUUGAGUUUGUCCAAAAUAAGCCUGACAGAAAAAACAUUUCUGCACAUUUUAAGUGUUGUGCCAUUGCACAUUACUUUAUCUUUGUUGUCAGUCAGUUCUCAUGCAUUCAUUUUCCUCUAUUUUUGAAUUGUUGCUUGUGUUGUUUUUUUUCUGUUUUUUUUUUUUUUUUUAUGAAAUCUACCUAACUGAUGAUAUACUAUACCUUUGUUGGUUGCAUUUGAUCGUUCCUGUUUUGAAUUGUAAGUUUUCACUGGAAAAUUAGGAUACAAGCUAUUUUCAAGUCUCAUAAUUGAUGGCAUGCCAGUACCUCUCGGUGGCACUUCACUGUAGAAAUAUUGCAGAGCCAACUUAACACAUUGUGCUUGAAAUCAGAGCGCGCAGGCUCUCACACCAGCAUUAUUUUUAAUGCAAACUUGGAAACUUUAUAUGUUUUUGUUUCUAGACAUUACUUGGAAGCCGAUAAUUGGCAGUCAACAAUUAGAAGAGCGGUAUAGCAUGGAAGUAAAAGCAACCAUUUCAUCUAACGUCAAAGUGAACCUGCAGCAGGUUACACAGAGCUUUUUCUUUGUGUGAACUGAGUUCACACAAAGGAUGUUAAACAAUAUAUGUCAGCAGUUUGAAGUAUUAUGAUAAAUGUAUAAAGCGGCCUCAGAGUCAACACCCCCGACCCCACCCCCCGCCCCUGGAAAAAAAGCUUCAUAUGAUUGUUGGUGUUUACUGAUCACACUCUUUCUUACCACUCAGUGCCAUACUUGUAUUUCCUACAUACUCCUGAUUAAAAUGUUUUGCUUUGUGUUUCAUGUGUACACCUGAUUCUUGUAAAUAAAUGGAUCAUAACAAGUUGUAAAUAUAUAUCUUAAUAAAUGUGUUUC